UUUUGCUGUUGUUGUUGAGUGGUAACGAGUGCAUCCAUCCGGUAUAUUCCGCUUCGAAAAGUGAAUGGAAGUUGUUUGGACUGAUUCUUGCAAUCGCCGUUUUUUUGCAAUUGAAUCCGCGCUCGAAUCACGUCUACAGAUAACGGCGAGAUGAAAACCUUUUAACGACCUGUUCCUCGGUUGAUUUAUGUAUAUUCCUCGUGUUUGUGCGCUUGUGCACGCGCGUGCGUGGUGAAACUUCGUAACAUACCGACGGCGUUGGUGUGUUCUCGUUACCGUUGUGGAAUGUUUGGUCUUAUAGUCAUGGUCUUGUCUUAUUAGAUUCGCGACAUUUUGCUUCUACAUAGUCAGCAGCAGCAGACAGUGGUGUGGUCGUCUGACGGUCGUACCACUACCACCACGCCAGCGGCCGCCAUGUCCCGACCACGGUUCUCGUGCAAGCCCCAAGACAUCAAGAAUGCCAUCCGGAAAAACCUCCUGCCCAUACUCACCAUCUCCGGCGUCUCCGGGGGCAUCAUCCUGGGCAUCAUCCUGCGGUACUCGCGGAGUACACAAUGGACGAAACGUGAGAUCAUGUACGUGGGUUACAUCGGGGAGCUAUUCUUGCGUGCUCUCAAAGCGCUCAUUAUCCCCCUCAUCGUCUCCUCACUCGUAUCAGCUAUUGGAAGCCUCGACCUGUCCUUGUCGAAAAAGAUCGGCCUGCGCGCCGUCGGGUACUACAUGACCACGACGGUCCUGGCAGUCAUCCUUGGCAUCAUUCUGGUCGUCACCAUCCAUCCUGGUAAAGGGACCGACGAGGACAUCACCAAGGCAGGCGAAGGGCGUACUGUCUACACUCCCGAUCUCCUCAUGGAUUUACCCAGAAACCUCUUCCCGCCAAACUUGAUUCAAGCCUGCUUUGAAACGCACAAGACAGCAAUCGUGGAACCCAAGAUCGGAGAAAACGAUACGCGAAUACCAGAGUGGAUAAGAAAGUAUAACUGGACUGAAGGAGCAGAGUUGCCUAAAUCAGAAUGGGAUAUUGUUAUGGAACACACCCGAGCAUUAAAUAUCAUGGGAUUGGUGAGCUUUGCUACCUUUCUGGGCUUAGCCCUCUCCAAACUAGGGCCUAAGGGCAAGCCUCUUCUUGAUUUCUUCCAGUCUCUCUCAGAUGCCUCCAUGGUUAUUACCUCAUGGUUAAUUUGGAUCUCUCCCGUUGGUAUUCUCUUCUUGGUAGCCUCCAUGAUGAUUGAGAUGGAGGAUUUCAGCGUUAUGCUUGGUCAACUGGGAAUGUAUUUUGGCACGGUCGUUCUUGGUAUUUUCAUCCAUGGUUUUGUUGUAUUACCUCUUCUUUACACGCUGUUGACUCGGAAGUUACCAUUCAGAUUCUUAGCCAACAUGACGCAGGCAUACAUCACAGCCUUUGCUACAGCCUCAAGUUCUGGAACAUUGCCAGUGACAUUCCAGUGUCUUGAAGAAAAGAACCACAUUGAUACCCGCGUUACACGUUUCGUCAUUCCAAUUGGAGCUACUAUUAACAUGGAUGGAACAGCUCUUUAUGAAGCCGUUGCUGCUAUAUUUAUUGCGCAAGUCAGAGGAAUGGCUCUUACUAUUGGACAAAUUGUUGCUAUCAGUAUUACUGCAACAGCAGCAGCUAUUGGAGCAGCUGGUAUACCUCAAGCUGGUUUGGUGACAAUGGUGAUGGUACUUGAUGUUGUUGGACUUCCUCCAGAAGACAUGACCCUCAUCAUAGCUGUUGAUUGGCUAUUGGAUCGCUUCCGUACUAUGAUUAAUGUCCUUGGAGACAGUAUUGGAGCUGGAUUGGUAUAUGAACUCAGUAAGAAAGAACUUGAGCGAAUGGGCAGCGUCAAUGUUAAUGGGGAUGUAGAACGUCCUUCCAAUGAAAUUGGUAUGGAUGCUGUAGAAUCAAGUAAAAUGUGAGAGAAGGUGAAGUCUAACUCCCAGUUUGAUGUCAAUUGCUCUAGUUCUACUAACCCUCUUCCUUUAAAGCUACAGAAUCUGGACUCUAGUAGCUCAUUGAGGGAAGCACAGGGUUGGAAAGAUCUAACUUCUUCCCAACAUGAAACACUCCUGUAAACUAGAAUCCCAAGUGUACAAUAAUGGCAUAAUUCUGUAGAGGGUGCUCAUUUUGAGUCUGACCAUAACACCCUCCUGACUGAAUCAGUUCUUUUAGGGAGUCAGACUAGUCCAAAACUUUAAUCUUCGGAAAUUGAAUUGCACAAGCAAACUUUUGUUUAUGGAGGAAUACCAGAUUCUUUUAUAACUAUUUUUACCCAUAUUUUGAGCACUUACAUUUAUAGAGUAACUCUUCAAGGGAAUUUUUCUUAAGAUAUAUGUGCAUGAAUUGUGUGAAAUUGGGCGAGUGGAAAUUUUGUACUACAUGUUGAAAGACUUGUUGUGCAAUACUGAAUUGCAAUCUGAACACCAUUCCUCUUGUAUGGCUAACUGGUGCUUUUUGUUCAAAAAGAUUCUUUCCAAAUAUUUUACCCUACUUUUAUGAAUUUUUUUGUAUUUGUUUUUUUGCAAGGCAAAAAGUUUUUAGACUGAGAAAUAUGAGUCCAGUCUAAAAAGGCAUAAGUAAAUAUGUGUAAUUUGUUAGGGAAUUGGCAAAAGCUGUUACUGUUGUCAAGUGAAAUCAUAUCAAUUUAUCAGACGAAGCACAAAUUAUUAUUGUACUGUAUAUAGAAUAAGUGCAUUUAUUGUACAUCAAAUGAUAAUAAUUAGUUUCAGAGUAUUUGGCCACUGUAUAGAAAGUUUUGUAAUUGUUGUCUUGUUGGAAAGUCUACAGAUAUAUAUUUGUUGUAAAGUAGUUGGGCCUCAAUCAUUGUAUUUGUGUCCGUGUCAUUAUGUCAAAACAUUCAUCUUCAUUUUCAAAUGUAUAAAUAAUUUAAGUAUUAUUUUCUUGUGAAACCAUGCAAUAGAACCAAAUAUUGUUCAGCCAAAAUUUGUGCAUGAACACUGCAAUACUGUCGAUUGCGUGCAUGCUCGAAUAUCUGGCUUAGGUUUCACAUAUCGCCCGUCAUGUAAAUAUCGGUGAACAUGUACAAAUGUGUGUAUUAAAAAGUCGUUAAUCCCAGGUCAUGUUAUACUUCUAUAAUAUAGAGCAAUGUUCUGUAUUCAUAUUUUUAAUUGGAAGAUUGGGAAUUGUUUUGUAAUUGUAACAGUUAUAGCAAUAUCAAUCAAUUAAUAAGAAUAUUUCUAAUGGGUUCUGUGUUGGACUGGUUCCAUAGGUUAUAUAGCAACUGAGGUUUUCCUCCCUUGCAUUAUAAAAGACCAAGAAUACCAUUAUAGUGCAUAAGUAAAAAUAAAAUUCUAAUUUUAACCCACUUUAUGUUGCUCUUGGCAAUAACUUAGGGUUAAAGGAUUUCUUUGAUAAAGAAUUUGUGAUCUAGGUAUUCUUCCGUAAAGACGACAAAAGAAACCAAAAUGUGUUGUGUUCUUUGUUCAUAGUACUGUAAUUGUGAAGGCAAAAGCAAUCAAUAUGCCUUUGGAAGCUUUAUUAGCAUUGUAAUAAAAUGUUACUGCUAAGGAUUAUCUGGUUGCUUAUUCCUUUACAACUGUAGAAACACAAGAUGAAAUAGCAGAGAGGAUACCAUAGGUAUGUUUGUGUUGUGUGGAUGUAAGUUACAGCAUUUAAAACUUAUUUAACCCCCAUUGUGACUGGUGAUCUAUUUGAGCGCAUGAAUGUGGUGCUUGAAAAAUGUGGGGUUCGUGAAUGAGUAUGACCUUGUCUUUAGUGAAUAAGAUAAACCUCUCUCCAUAUCAUAUUCUACUUCAUUAUUGUACUUGAGAGAAUCCAGUAGUUAUGUUUUUAUAGAAUAGUAGUUUGAUGAAAUAAAUGUAAGGAAUGUUUGUGCUUACCAUCAAUACUUGUUACUUUGUAAAUUUUUUAAAUUUUACUAAUUACUUCGUAUUUAUUGUUCAAAGGGGCUCUGAGUAUUAUCUAGAGAGUUAUUACAAGGUAUUCAUCUCAUAUAUACACAUGACCAAUGACCAAAAGCAGAAAAAAAAAAUUACAGCUAAAAUCAGAUUUUUUUUAUUGCACACAAUGUCGCUAUGUUUGGAAAUCGGAAAUAAAAAGGGAUAUUCCACGUGUUGAAAAUGCUAUUCAUUUGGUAUUGAAAUGAGACUUGUUAUGUUUGUUUGUUUGUCUUUACAGCUAUUGUUUCACAGUAGUCAGUGUUCUUUUUGUUUUUGCUUCACUAGUAUCAGAUAAUGGGAAUGCAAAAGGGGCCAUGAUUUUUUCUUUUGAGUUUUUAUUACAUAUUGCCAGUAUGUUCAUGAAAACCUAUCUGGUGCAUAAAUUAUAAAGUCUACAAGAUGAUUUUUUAAUCAACUGUAUGUUAAGCUCAAACUACAGUAUGACUAAAUAAAAAUUUAUAAUGUAAGAA